GCGACACGGUCAGGUGUGAACUAAUUACUCAAAAGCUGUCUCCGUGCGACAGGAGAGAGAGAAGCUUUUCUGCUGAGUCUGGCUCAGAAUACUGCACCUCAGAGCUCAACACAGGCCAGGAAGGCAUUUCAGAGGUGAGGACUCUGCCCCAAAGCCCCGCAUGGCCCGGCUGCCAUUGCCCCAUGCCUGAGAGCGCACUCAGAGGGGAAGCAUGACCGUGUGACCUGGAAGAGAAGGCUGGACAAUAGCUCUUUGGACAACAAUGAAAAGGAGGAAACUGUGACUGAAACUCAAGCCAGAAACUCACUGGGAAGUGGACAGGCUUCUCUCCCGAACACGAGGACUGGCUGCAGCCUUGGUUGGGGGCCGUUUUGCCCUGGACACCUGUGGAGGAACGCUGAGGGGGUCCCAGCUCACGCGGGCUGGCUAGAGCACACAUGCUGGAUGACAGAGCCAGGAUGGAGAGCACCAAGAAGGAAAAGGUGGAGCACAUCCUGGCGGAGUUCCAGCUGCAGGAGGAGGAUCUAAAGAAGGUGAUGCAGCGGAUGCAGAAGGAGAUGGACCGCGGGCUGCGGCUGGAGACGCACGAGGAGGCCAGCGUGAAGAUGUUGCCCACCUAUGUGCGCUCCACCCCGGAAGGCUCGGAAGUCGGGGACUUUCUUUCCCUGGACCUGGGCGGCACCAACUUCCGGGUGAUGCUCGUGAAGGUGGGGGAGGGCGAGGCGGGCCAGUGGAGCGUGAAGACCAAGCAGCAGAUGUACUCCAUCCCCGAGGACGCCAGGACGGGCACCGCGGAGAUGCUCUUCGACUACAUUUCUGAGUGCAUCUCCGACUUCCUGGACAAGCACCAGAUGAAGCACAAGAAGCUGCCCUUGGGCUUCACCUUCUCCUUCCCUGUGAGGCAUGAAGACAUUGACAAGGGCAUCCUUCUCAACUGGACCAAGGGCUUCAAGGCCUCGGGAGCAGAAGGAAACAACGUUGUGGGGCUUCUACGAGACGCCAUCAAACGGAGAGGGGACUUUGAGAUGGACGUGGUGGCGAUGGUGAAUGACACAGUGGCCACGAUGAUCUCCUGCUACUAUGAAGACCACCGGUGUGAGGUCGGCAUGAUUGUGGGCACAGGCUGCAACGCGUGCUACAUGGAGGAGAUGCAGAACGUGGAGCUGGUGGAAGGUGACGAGGGCCGCAUGUGUGUCAACACCGAGUGGGGCGCUUUCGGGGACUCGGGGGAGCUGGAUGAAUUCCUGCUCGAGUACGACCGCGUGGUGGACGAGAACUCCUUGAACCCCGGCCAGCAGCUGUUCGAGAAGCUCAUCGGCGGCAAGUAUAUGGGCGAGCUGGUGCGCCUAGUGCUGCUGAAGCUGGUGGAUGAGAAUCUGCUUUUCCACGGGGAGGCCUCAGAGCAGCUGCGCACGCGCGGCGCCUUCGAGACCCGCUUCGUGUCGCAGGUGGAGAGCGACUCGGGCGACCGCAAGCAGAUCGCCAACAUCCUGCGCACGCUGGGGCUGCGCGCGUCGGCCGCCGACUGCGACCUGGUGCGCCGCGCCUGCGAGAGCGUGUCCACGCGCGCCGCGCACAUGUGCGCUGCGGGGCUGGCGGGCGUCAUCAACCGCAUGCGCCAGAGCCGCAGCGAGGACGUGAUGCGCAUCACAGUGGGCGUGGACGGCUCCGUGUACAAGCUGCACCCCAGCUUCAAGGAGCGCUUCCACGCCAGCGUGCGCCGGCUGACGCCCAGCUGCGAGAUCACCUUCAUCGAGUCGGAGGAGGGCAGCGGCCGCGGCGCCGCGCUCGUGUCCGCCGUGGCCUGCAAGAAGGCCUGCAUGCUGGGCCAGUGA